GGGGCUUGCGCGCGGGGGUGGGAUCAGCGGGCGCGGAUGGCGACGGUGCAGGGCGUCUGAGCGGGCCGGGGCCAUGAGUGCCGCCCGGCCCCAGUUCAGCAUCGAUGACGCUUUCGAGCUGUCCCUGGAGGACGCGGGCCCUGGGCCCGAGUACAGCGGGGUCGCCCGCUUCGGGCCGCUGCACUUCGAGCGCCGGGCCCGGUUCGAGGUGGCCGACGAGGACAAGCAGUCCCGGCUGCGCUACCAGCCACUACUGGAGAGCCCAGAGCCCAGACCUGGCAGCUCGUCCCUCACCCCCAGCUGGAGAUCCCAACCUGGAGUCCCCACUGAUCCUGGAGGGGAGGGAGGAAGGGCCUGAGCCCAGUCACCCUUCUGAGGCCUGUGUUCUGGAACAGAACCUGGAGAACGAUGAGGAUGGAGCCCAGGCCUCUCCGGAGCCGGAAGGGGGAGCCAGCACCAGGGAUUCUGGCCGAACAUCCAUCCGCAGCUCCCAGUGGUCCUUUAGCAACAUCAGCACCAGCACUCAGCGCUCCUACAACGCCUGCUGCAGCUGGACUCAACACCCUUUGAUCCAGAAGAACCACAGGGUAGUGCUGGCCUCCUUCCUGCUCCUCCUGCUGGGGCUGGGGGACCUUCAGCUUAGGUGGGGGACACCAUUCCUCAGGCCUAAGCCAUGCUGGGGGUUGCGGGCGGAGGUCCCCACCCUGCCACCAGCUCCUGCCCCUGCUCCUGCCCUCACCCUCGUGGCUCCACCUGUGUGCAGUGCUGAUCCUGACCGGCGUGGGACUGGAGGUGGCCCCCUCGCCAGGUGUCUCCAGCGCCAUCUUCUUCGUGCCCGGCUUCCUGUUGCUGGUCCCGGGAGUCUACCACGUGAUCUUCAUCUACUGCGCGGUCAAGGGCCACCGGGGCUUCCAGUUCUUCUACCUGCCCUACUUCGAGAAGUGAGCGGGCGGCGGCGGACGGCGGGAUCCAUCGUCGGCGCCGAGAGGCCCCGCGCGGCCUCCUCGCGUCCCUAGGGGGCGCUCCUGGGGCCCGCGCCCCGCUUCGGUACCCUCAUCUCAAGGGAAAAGCCCCUGCGGGACCCUCGAGGCCCCAGUCCCCUCAGGAGUUUGCUCCGGAAGUUUGGGGCAGUGGGCCUCGGGCCACUACCUGGGAAAGUCGCCCCUUCCCUGCUCCGUGCCUUAACUUAUUCUUGGGGGACUGCUGGGUUGGUGGUGUUUUGUGCUAAUAAAAGGGGUGCUUAAUUCCA